CCGAAGCUUGUUUUCGCUCUCUCACUUUCUUUCAACACCCAAUUCUCCCUUCAUACCCUUCUUUUCUCCUAUUCGAGUUCAGCAUGCUGUCGAAGAGGCUGUUAGUUGCCUCGCGCCUUUUGCGGACGCGCCCAACACCGCGACCGAGAUACCCUUUUCCCAUUGUUGCCCAGCAGUUCCGCAGCUUUGCAGACAAAAUUGUCAAGGUGCCGGAAAUGGCCGAAUCGAUCUCAGAAGGGACUCUGAAACAGUGGUCAAAGCAGAUUGGAGAUUUUGUGGAACAGGAUGAAGAGAUUGCAACAAUUGAGACGGACAAGAUUGAUGUAGCAGUCAAUGCGCCUGAAGCAGGGACUAUCAAAGAAUUCCUUGCGAAUGAAGAGGACACUGUUACGGUCGGGCAAGAUUUGGUGCGUCUCGAGCUCGGAGGAGCUCCCUCAGGAAGUGAGAAGGAGAAGACAGAUUCGGAACCCAAGGAACCCGCUUCCAAAGAUCAAUCUACAUCUUCGGAUCCGGGGCCUUCGAAGAAAGGCGAGUCAACACCAAAGGAUGAACCCACGCCUCCACCUCCGUCGCAGGAGAAGAAACCAGAGCCUACGAGGGAGACUCCGCCCCCAAAGCAAUCUGAGCCUAAGAAGACGGAUUCAAAGCCAAGCACAUCCGCCCCUACCUUUGGAAGCCGUGAAGAGCGCCGUGUCAAGAUGAACCGCAUGCGCCUCCGAAUUGCGGAGAGACUAAAGCAAUCACAAAACACUGCUGCCUCUCUGACAACAUUCAACGAGGUCGAUAUGUCGUCCCUUAUGGAGUUUCGAAAGCUCUACAAAGAUGAUGUGCUGAAGAGGACUGGGGUGAAGCUCGGGUUUAUGAGUGCCUUUUCACGUGCCUCCGUACUUGCCAUGAGAGAUAUCCCAGCUGUCAACGCCUCCAUUGAAGGACCAAAUGGUGGCGAUACCAUUGUGUAUAGAGAUUACGUGGACAUCAGUGUUGCGGUCGCAACGGAGAAGGGCUUAGUAACUCCCGUGGUCAGGAACACAGAAACAAUGGAUCUUGUCGGCAUCGAGAAAUCCAUUGCAGAAUUGGGCAAGAAGGCUCGAGAUGGCAAGCUCACGAUUGAAGACAUGGCUGGUGGUACUUUCACCAUCAGCAAUGGCGGGGUCUUCGGUUCCUUGAUGGGCACUCCUAUCAUCAACCUUCCUCAGACUGCCGUUCUCGGGCUGCAUGCUAUCAAGGACAAACCAGUUGUUGUCAACGGUCAGAUUGUGAUACGCCCUAUGAUGUAUCUUGCUCUGACGUAUGACCAUCGCCUUCUUGAUGGCAGGGAGGCUGUGCAGUUUUUGGUGAAGGUCAAGGAGUACAUCGAGGACCCCCGACGUAUGUUGUUGUAGAUGGUAAAUAGUCCGUUAUCCUCAUGCCACCAAGGAGUUAGACAGCCUUUGCAACUUGGUGGCUAUCUUGUGUCUCCACCUGUAUAGUAGAAUCAUGACAUGCACUCCAGGCGUUCACUGUCGGAUUCCGCGGCUUUAAUACAUCUACCUUCAGGGAUUUAGGAGCAUUAUAGAAUUGCUUCACUAUUUCCUGCCUCACACACAUCCCCACCCAUCAACUCAG